GGAGACGCGGUCAAGGGCGUUCUCGAUCACCGUGGGGGGAAAGUUGCGGUCCUUAAAGAACUUGGACAUCUGGGAUGUGCGGGAGUAUACUUAGGUAAAUUGGGAGGGCAACAAGGGGACAUAAGAGCACUGGCAAAUAGGGUUAAGGAGAAUCCAAAGGGAUUUUAUAAAUACAUUAAGGACAAAAGGAUAACUGGGGAGAGAAUAGGGCCCCUUAUAGAUCUGCAGGAUGUGUGGAACUGCAGGAGAUGGAAGAGAUACUAAACGAGAAUUAUGCAUCUGUGUUUACUGUGGAGAAGGAGAUAAAAGAUAGAUUGUGGGGAAUAAAUAGCAACAUCUUGAAAAAUGUCCAUAUUAUGGAGGAGGUGCUGGACGUGUUAAAACACAUAAAGGUGAAUAAAUCCCGAGGAACAGGUGUAGCGUAGAACUCUGUGGGAAGUGAGGGAAGUGAUUGCUGGGCCCCUUGCUGAGGUAUUUGUAUCAUUGAUAGCCACAGGUGAGAACUGGAAGACUUGGAUAUUGGCUAACAUGGUGUCGCUAUUUAAGAAAGGUGGUAAGGAAAAGCCAGGGAGCUAUUAUCUGGUGAUCCUGACAUCAGUGGUGGAAGAAAUUGGUGGAGGGAAUCCUGAGGGACACCAUUUAUAUUUAUUUGGAAAGGCAGUCAUGUCUCACAAACUUGUUUGGGUUUUCUGAAGAAGUAACGAAGAGGAUUGAUGAGGACUGAGCAGCGGACAUGAUCUAUAUAGACUUUAGUAAUGCAUUCGACAGGGUUCCUCAUGGUAGACUGGUUAGCAAGGUUAGAUCACAUGGAAUACAGGGAGAACUAGCUAUUUGGAUACAGAACUGGCUCGUAGGUAGAAGACGGAGGAUGGUAGUGGAAGGUUGCUUUUUAAACUGGAAGCCUGUGACCAGCGAUGUGCCACAGGGAUCGGUGCUGGGUCCACUGCUUUUCAUCAUUUGUAUAAAUGAUAUGGAUGUGAACAUUGGAGGUAUGGUUAGUGAGUUUGCAGAUGACACCAAAGUUGGAGGUGUAGUGGUCAGUGAAGAUGGUUACCUCAGAGUACAAUGGAAUCUUGAUUGGGAUGGGCCGAGAAGUGGCUGAUCAAGUUUAAUUUAGAUAAAUGUGAGGUGCUGCAUUUUGGAAAGGCAAAUCAAGGCAGGACUUAUACACUUAAUGGUAAGAUCCUGGGGAGUGUUGCUCAACCAGGAGAGCCUGGAGUGCAGGUUCACAGUUUCUUGAAAGUGGAACCGCAGGUAAAUAGGAUAAUGAAGGAGGUGUUUGGUACGCUUGCAUUGAGGAUAGGAGUUGGGAGGUCAUGGUGGGGCUGUACAGGACAUUGGUUAGGCCACUUUUGGAAAACUGUGUGCAGUUCUGGUCCCCCUGCUGUGGGAAGGGUGUUGUGACACUUGAAAAAGUUCCGAAAAGAUUUAUGAAGAUGAUGCCAGGACUGGAGGGUUGGAGCUACAGGGAGAGGCUGAAUAGGUUGGGGCUAUUUUCCCUGGAGCAUCGGAGCUGAGGGGUGACCUUAGAGAUUUAUAAAAUCAUGAGGGGCGUGGAUAGGGUCUUUUCUCCAGGGUGAGGGGAGUCCAAAACUAGAGGGGCAUAGAUUUAAGGUGAGAGGAGAAAGAUUUAAAAGGGACCUGAGGGGCAACCUUUUCACACAGAGGGUGGUGCACAUGUGGAACGAGCUGCCAGAGGAAGCAGUGGAGGCUGGUACAGUUACAGCAUUUUAAAAGGCAUCUGGAUGGCCACAUAAACAGGAAGGGUUUUAGAGAGGUAUGGGCCAAAUGCUGGCAAACGGGACUGGACUUAGAUCUAGGAUAUCUGAUCGGCAUGGACGAAUCAGACCAAAAGGUAUUUUUCUGUGCUCUUAUGUCUGUCUGAUAUUACAUACCAUUGACUGUGGAUUCUGAAAGAUAAACUGGCAGCAGUUACGUAGCUUAUAGCAUUUGCUUAAGCAGUUUGGCUGGUUGAUUGUUGCAGACUAGUGGACCAGUACCACUAUGGGAUGUGACACUGGGCUCAACAAGUCAACCACUGCUCCCAGCGUGACUGGGUAGUUCUGCCAUACAUGAGGUAACAUGGAACAGGUAUUUGCUGAUUUUAUUUUGAUCUAGGCUGUGUUCAUCUUUUAUUCUUUGCUAUAAUCCUGUGAUCUUAAGACACACAAUUGAUUUUAAAAUAUCCUUUUCUACUUUACCAUUAAAGGUUCCCAACUCCAUCUUUAUCACGUAAACUGCCUAUGUAAACAUGUCACGCUGCGACUCAGCCACCACCUCACCAAUGUUCCACUAGUGUACAGUGAAAUUAAAGCAAGGCAACAGGACAUUGAAAUGAAAUGAUCCACCAGGGAAUUCUUCCUCGCUGCAACAAAGAGAGAGGCCAGAAACUCUGUGUGAGGGACAGACAGAGACCGGGAGCAAAGUGCUGCAGGGAACAAAAGAACAGAAAUGGUCCGUUCAGCCCCUUGAGCCUGCUCCACCAUCCAGGAAGAUCAUGGCUGAUCUGUGGCCUAACUCGCUAUGCCUGACUUGGAUCUCCACGGCUGUCCCUGCCUCCCCUUAGGAUCUUUCUUACUCUUUGGAAUGGACUGAUCCUGCACCUUCUGCAUUACAUCCAGAAAUACCUGCCAUUGUUGUUCCACUACCAUCCCUGCUCGGAUCACAUGUUCACUGACCUGCAGAAACAAACAACCUGGGACACAAUCUACCAGAAGAGCCAGGGUCAGCCCUUUCAGUACUUUGACUGGUUCCUGGGAUACUCCUCACUGAAGGGGCUGCUCCUACAGCUGUUGCGGGACAUGAAGAGUGAGGCUUCACUCAAGCUGCUGGAUAUUGGCUGUGGUACCUCGGAGCUGGGCCCCCGCCUGUACUGUGAGUGCCCAUUCCCGCUCCAUGUCUACUGUGUCGAUUUCUCUCCAAUUGCACUUGCCAUAAUGCGAGCACAGACUUCACAGCUGCCUCAACCUGUCAGCUCAGCUUCCCAACUGCAUUUUGUACAGACAGACAUCAGGGAUCUCUCUGGCUUCCAGCAGCAGAGCUUCAAUCUCAUCCUGGACAAGGGAACACUGGAUGCACUGCUCCAAGCAAAUGAUGGAGGUGAGACAGCUUGCUGUGCCCUAACAGAAUCACUCCGAAUGCUGAGCCCCGGUGGCUUAAUGCUGCAGGUAUCAGAUGAGGAUCCUGAUGUGCGGAUUGUUUGGUUGGAGAGUCUCCGUCUUGUGACUGUUACUGUGCUCCAAGUGGACACUGAGAAAAACACUGGUUAUUUUGCUUACAUUAUCAAACCAAUGAGUACACAGUGUUGACUCAUUCUGACCUAGCAAGGCCUCUGCUUUGGCAAAUAAAACAGUCCUGCUCCCACACCACCUCCCAUGCUUACAUCCCUCAGUUGCAGACCCCUGAAGCUGGGAUUGGAGGUAACCAGCCCGUCAUUCUGCUAUGCUGUGACAACCGCUUUACCCAAGUGCCUGUAGAGUGGGGACAAACAGUUAUGUCCUGCACAGUCAAUAACUGGUAAAUAGCCAUGGGCUGGGCUGUCACCCUGGUUCAGUGCCUAAGUCCUGCAUCUGCACCCACCCCAAAGAACAGGAGAGGAGAGAAUGUGCAGAAAAAAUCUAAGGAACACCUCUUGAAACAGUCUCAAUUUGCUUUAAAUAAAUUUAGUGAUUUAUAAUGA